ACACCAACUGGAUGUGCCCGAAGAACAGAGGAAUGACAGAUAAAGUAAGAAGAAAAUUCUUGAAUCUUCAUAACCAAUACAGCGACAAAGCAUUGUGUUAUAGAUCGAGCCUUGCUCGAGGCCUGGAGCGUGACGGGCUGGGAGGAUAUGCCCCUAAGGCCUCUAGAAUGCUAAAAAUGAUAAAAAAAUGCGUUGAAUUGCAGGUCUAUGACUGCUCAGUGGAGGCUUCGGCAUUGAGAUAUGCAAGAAAAUGUGUUUACGCACAUUCUAAACGCUCUGAGCGGCGAGGACUUGGAGAGAAUCUUUACAUGACUUCAGCUAUCAACUAUAACAAACUCAAAGCUGCUAACCAGUCCUCUUGGCUUUGGUGGAAAGAAUUGCAAGAUUAUGGUGUUGGCCCCUCCAACGUGCUUACUUCAGCAUUAUUCAAAAGACCCGGAAAGAAAAUUGGUCAUUACUCUCAGAUGGCUUGGGGUACUAGUUACAAGCUUGGCUGCGCUGUUGUGGCCUGUCCUAAAUUUACGUAUGGCGUCUGUCACUACGGACCAGCUGGUAAUUGGCUUGGUAGCCGAAUCUACACCAUGGGCGACCCCUGUACUCAAUGUCCAAAAUCGUACACUUGCAACGUAGCAGAAGGACUUUGCGAAAAAAAGUCCAAAAAAAAGUGGAGAAGAUCACGACGCAAACGAGAUAUGAUUCUUUAGAG